AUGGGGUGGGGCACCAUUUUGUCCGGUACUAGACUGUGCACAUGCGCUGAACGCACACGGAUAUUGGGAAAUCGUGGCAAUAUCACACCAGGGUGGAGACGAGAAAUUGCCCGCAAAUACCGGAGAAAGUUCACACAAUUUUACUUCAUUUUGACCAGUGACGGUAGAACAGCAAAUCGGCCAGAAUGUCUUGGGAUUCGUAUCUCGACAACUUGGUUGCCCAGAGCAAGGAUGCCUCCGGGAGCGUGCAUGUGGACCGGUGCGUGAUUAUCGGGCUUGACGGCGGGGCAAAGUGGACGACCGACGGCCACGCGAACGCGCUCAAAUUACAGGGGCAAGAGGGGGCCAAUAUCGCCAAGUGCUUCAAGUCCAAAGAUUUCACGGCCUUCAUGGCGGGCGGGGUGUUUGCUGAGGGAGUCAAGUACCAGUUCCUGCGAGAGGAAGAUGGUAAGCUAGUCCUGGCGAAGAAAAAGGGCAACGGAGCGCUCAGUAUCCAGUCUUCAAAGACGGCCCUGGUCCUCGCGCACUGUCCGGAAGGCUCCCAACAAGGAAACGCCAACAAAUCUGUAGCUGUCAUUGCAGAAUACCUGGAGAGCUUGGGCAUGUAACCCCGCACUUCCCCACUCCACUCGUUAUGGCAUUUUGUAACUGGUAACUUUUUCACCCUUUUUUCCCUCUGGUUUUAACAACAUGUUAAAACAAGCAACCGGCUUCGAAAAAAAGAGAAACACUUCCCCGACUCGCUGUUAAAACUAAAAGAAACUGUACUGUACCUGAGUGGUCGUAAUUAUGGUGUAGGCCUAUGCCAAUGCAACGAAAUAGCUGGUACAACACAAACAGUUAAAAUUUUACUUGCAGCUUUAUAUACAUUAUUCAGUUUAUUGUUACACAAGCGUAUGGACACACAAGCUCUAAUUUUGUGCACCAGUGCUUGUCGGACAGGGACAUAAUCGCAGUGAAACUGCAACACAUGCUGAAACUACGGUUUCACUGCAACCUGUGUGUCUUCCAAUGAAUCGAUCAACCAAGUGAACAGCUUUCCUCAACAUCAUUACCGCUCAUGAGCACCCUGCACCAACUCACAUCCCCCGGAACAACAACAAUAUUACUGACUAUAAAAAACUCCGAUACUUCAGACGUAGUAUUAUAAGGCACAAGCAGACUUCAUGAGCUAAAAAAAGAAAUCUUGACAAUAUACGGACAGUUUCGUCAAUUCGACCCCGAUGCAACUGCAAAAAAGUUCACAGCUGCAAUGACCUGUUUGCAAAUCGUCUUUGGUCCAUAGUGGAGGAUGGUCCAUAUAUGUUACAACCAACUAGACAACUGUGUGAAAUCUUUGUAAGCUUGGCUAGUUGUGAAGCUGUGAAAAUGCAUACUUUGGCAGCAAGACAUUUCAACGAUUCACCCCUCAGACAAUAACCUACACUACAGCUCGUCCGGCGUCCCCCUCCCCAACCAACUGCUGCUGCUGAAACCUGUGGUUUAAACCAGGAAAUAAGCCACGAAAAAAAACCUUUUCGUCUGUGGCCGUCCGGUGUAUUGGACUAACCGUGGUUGACAAAACCUGCUUUUCUGAGAACCAGGAAGUAGAUGUACUAUUAGGGUCGCCAAACAUGCACAGAAGACCCAACAUGCACAGCAUCCCAACUCCCUUAAUCUCAGCACAGGAAAUUAAUUGCAAAAUUCUGAUAACUCUUUCAUGUCGGUGUAUGAUGGACUUUUGUCAAGACUUUUGGUCAUGUGACGCCAUGUCACCAAUCAAACUUCUUGACAACUGUAUUUCCCAACUUCAGCAAACACGGGAAGCCAUUGUGGUUUGUUCAUACACAAAUGGAAAUCCAGCAUGGACUCGGACUGUCAUGUCUGGAACAAAACAGACCUAUGCUCUUCUGUGCUUUUCAAUGUCAACCAUUUUGAUGGGCACCAUUUGGGAGGAUGAAGUACCAGUAUACAGCAUGGGAACCAGUGACACGCACACCCUCCACCUUCAAGCGGAUGUCCCCAUUUCAUCUACAUCAUGUACUUGGCAGCGCACCAGUGGAGAGCACAGUACAUCCAAUGGAAGUGCAGCGGACACCGGCAGUCAUGGCAAGACUACCAGGGACUGGACAGGACACCAUGUGAAGAGGGCUGGGAACCAAUGAGAACGAAAUGGUCACUCUGUUUCACGCCAAGGGUGCUUUGGACUGUAACUGUUUGGAAUUCCUCGGAUCAUCCACUUUGAUACAUGCAACCUGGAACUGACAAAUGACGGACAUCAUUUGUGACACUUGGUCAUUUUAUGUCAUGUACACGUUCUCUACGCGUCACAUGUACUUUAUGCAUGGCACAUGCACACUAGAGCACACCAAAUAACCUUUUUUCACUUCACAAAUUUUCACAGUUCAAAUUUAGGCACUCGGUUCGAAAUUUGUAAUCAGAAAAACAAAAACCCAAGAAUUUCUGGAGAAAACCCUUCAGACUAAUACCCAAAAUACAAUCAAUCACAAAAUUACUAUAAAAAAAGUGUUGUAUCUAGUGGGGUCAUUCAUUCAUAAAAUUAAAAUGGCACCGAAUUUCCAUUUUUUGUGCAUGUGCCCAUAGCUGUGCAUGUGGCUGUUUAAACUGUGUAAUACACUAUACAACCAUUGUUAAAGGUUUGCAAGGAGGAAGUACAUGUACAUGUAUUUUGAUAACCUGUGCGCAGUACAUGCAUGGGACCACUCCCGAUCCAGGAAAUAGUAGGACAAACAUGUAAUAAUAUAUUAUGCAAAAGGCCCCACUCGUGCGCAUCCUGGUUCAUAUUUCAUCCAGUCAGUCAGCUGAAUAAAAAAAAAACCCACCAAAUUGCUGUCUACAUCGUACAUGACCACUUACCUGGCUAAGUUUGCCAUUACCCAAUUAAAAUUGGUACUGAUACCAAAUAUGUUAGCUAAGCAGGACAUUCUGUACGUAACACUUUUGAUUUGUGUAAUAACGUAGUGCAUUGUGGUUUCCUGUCACUAGCUAUUCCAAAAAGGCCAUUUCAAACUUUUUUUUUUAAGUUAGUCAACCAGUUAUUUAAACCCAAAAGUCACAAAAAUGUAUAAAUCAUGUAGAGAAAGGAAAUCUUUGAGAAAUUAUGUGCGUUUUGCAACGUGAAAUUCGAAAAUUUUAAGGAGUUUUCCAGAAUCUCUCCAUUUUAUUAAGUUACAAGAUUAUUUUCAUAUCAAUUCCACACAAAAAAAGGAAAACUUCUUCGAAUAAAAAAGUCAGUAUUCCCAAAGUAUUUUUUUUAAUGGUCAGGAAGUUCAUGUUCUGAGUGUAAAACAAACCGGGGAAAUGGGGCAAAGAGUCCAGUGUAGACAAUGUAACUUGUAUUAACACAAUUGAUAAUUGAUUUUUGCCUAGAAACAAAUGUGAUAAAUGAACUUUGGAACUUGUCAGUGCUAACAAUCGGUGACUAAAAAUGAUAGCUAUGCCCAUCAGCCAUCUUAAGUAAAUAAUGAAAUACGUCAUGCACUUUUAUAGACCGUGUGUAUGCAUCAGCAGUAUCGAUGAAAAGCUUCAUUUCAGUAUGGGCGGCAUUCAAAGUACACCGACCAUCUGCCUUCAAAAUGUCAAAAGAAGCAUUAAACUUUGGGUCGUUAAAGAAAAACUAUUUGGUUUUAUCAUAUCUAGUUUACUGUAAAUGGUACAGUGCAAGGACAUUGAAAGAUAUUCAUUGCAAUUUAAGCCGCAAAAGAUAAAAUAUUCUACAUGUACUUCUUUGUGACAGUAGAAUUUUUUUUGUAAGAAAGCACAAAUUUAACCUAAUGCAAAACUGUUGCUUGUCCCAACAUUAGGGGUCGAUUUAAAAAACAAAUUUUACAUGGACAGAGCCAAAGUUACAUACAUCUGUGCGUGUCCCUCUAAAUCGACCCCUGCCCAACACAUUGCUUUCCCCUUUAAACGACAAAAACAUCAAGGAUGAUUUAACCAAAAAAAACAAGGGCAAAAAAAAAGAGUUCCCCUCAAAUAAAAGAUUAUCCGCAUGACGUGAUUAACAAAUAUUUACUCUGGCCUGUCCUAUCUUUGCUUUACAGGAUAUCGCCAGAUUUUUAACAAACAGUCGGCAGUAAAUGUGCAUGGGACUUUAGGAAUGUGGCUUUCCUGUAUAUCAGUAUUUAUGACCAUUAAUCUGUAAAAUUCUACAAAGGUACAAUCUAAACAAAAUUUGUGAAAAAGUUUUGGAAGGAAAGCAAAUCAUAUUGUUAGCUUGUAACAAUAACAUGAUCAUGUGUCUGCGAAAUUUUACAUUGUCGAAGCAGAUAAAAGAAAAAAUAUGUCAUGCCUGCGGGAGAAAGCCCAUCGAAAAGAAGAAACAUAUAAAAACUAGAAUACUAUAUUCAUUAGUCAUACGCAGUUUGGUGCCCGUAGUCAUAGCAUGGGUUGUUCAUAGAGCAAGGGGUUAUUUAUGUCUUCGUUGUGUGCAGUCAUGCAUGGGGGUUGUUAAGCCAGUCCCUUAACACAUGGUAGCCGGUGCACACAUGCACAACCACACAUGUACAAAAUGUACAUUGUACAUGUACAAUGCGUUCAAGCUAUAUGUACAUGUACACUGUACAUGCAUAGUCCUAAGCUAUGGUGUACAGUUCAAUGGUAUGUCUACAAUUUCUGAAGGACAUUCCGCAGUUUUUUUUUUCUUUCUUGGCCUUAUAGUACAGCUGAGAACUUCUGUUGCCAUAGGGCAAUGACGGACUGCAUUUAUUAUUAGGACCUUGCUAAAAAAUGAUUUGCUGAAUACCUUAAAUUUAUGUUGUAAGAAACUGGUUGGAGCAUUCCAUCAAAAGUUGCACUGUCAUCGGCCUAUUUUAUGAGAACCCUAAAUACAAAUCAUGUGCACCACUCUUUACAAAACAGUUAUAAGUAAAUGCUGUAAUCAUGUAUGUACGCAUAUUCACAAGGUCAAUAUAAUAUACACAAUCUUUAUUAACCAAUGGAUCAUGUUUAACUUAAGCUAAUGUGGUAAUAUGCACACUGCAAAUAUGACAACAUUGAACAAUUCAUAAUCUUUUGCAUUUCAUAUGCAAUUAAAUUUAGGCGAAUGAUAUUUUUAGCGUUAUUAGGGGAACAUAUUUUUUUUGUACCUUUAAAAUCGUUGAGUCCAUCUCUGUAAUAAUAAAAUAUAAGAUUUGAAGAAUGGAUUGGAAUUAAAUACUGGUUACAUGUAGUUUUAUUUUCUUUAGUUUUGUAAUAUUUGAAACAGCUAUAUUUUUUUUUCGUCAUGGAAUGUGUUAAAUGAUUUACCAUGCUAAUUUUAAUUCGGACUACAGAUGUAACGAUCCUAACCUUUAAACUAAGAAAAGUUAAUUUGCUAAUAAAAAGUUUGGUAGUGCUUAUGUUAGUCUAAAGUUUGUCACUGGGAAGGACUUGAACAAGUUUAGUUUGGUUGUGUUUUAAUAAUGUUAUUCUAUGCGCUCCCUUCACUUUUUUGAUCACGGUGCCUAGGCUUAAGAUCAGGCUGGUAGAAAAAGUUGUUUCCUUUUAGUGUGAACUACAAAAAGAAAAUUAUUUAAAUAAUUAUUCAGAAAGAGAAACCGGAAAGCAAGUUUCUUCUGUAGCCAAGUCAAAAUCCACUUUUGUGAAAUGCAUGAAACAGAAAAUGUCUUGACGUAUUUACAUACUUAUUGUUCUACUGUCAACAAAAGACCAAAAAAUAGUAUUAACUAAAUUUGCAGCAAAUGUGCAUCAUGAAGUUGCAUGAAUGAACCAUGUCAGUUAUAGACAUUACAUGUACACAUUUAUGCUACAUUUACAUGAACAGUAUGUGGACAUGUCACCUACAUUCACAUGAAAAUGUACAUGUGAUGAAAAAGUACAUGAGCAUGUAUGUAACUUUCCUAUACUUUACUGUACAGCACAGACUGCAAGUACAUGUACAUGUAGGCGGUCUUCAUGUUCGAAUUGAAGACUUUUAAUACAUGUAACAUAUAUAUGCAAGAUGAAUUUGCAUAAUAUUAGCUUACCUAAUCGCUUCUUUCUCUAUCUUAUUUAAAUGAGUAGUCCUGGAAUGCUGCAUACCACAGUCCGGAUUAAAUUAUGCAAAUGACAUGUAAAUUAGGCCUUAACUGGAUAGGAAAAUGUCACAACCUCUUUUUCCUUUGCAUGAUCUUUUAAGUAGGAAAUAUGUAGAAUGAAAUGUUUGCUUUGAUACUAGAGGGACCUUGCUUUCUGUAUAGACAUCUUUAUGCACACCGUUGGAUGUACACAUAACACAUGUUAGAGACAUGUUGGAAAAAGUUUCCUUUUGAUCAUGUAAUACGAAGUACUUGUAGUUGAUAAGUUUAAACGGUAUUAAAAAACGAAGGUACAGUUGCCUCUGGCUUGCAUAGUAAAAUACAAAGGAAA